AUGACCAAGGCGCGCAAGAGCGUCGAGGACGUCCCUCCAAUCGAGGAGCUCGUCGCCUCGUGCCGCGAGCAGCUCCACGGCCAUGGCGCAGCCGCGUUCACGAACCACGACAUCGAACGCUUCGUGCGCGCCGCGAAGUUCAACGUCGAAGAGGGAGCUAGGCGUGCCAGGGACACGUGGGAGUGGCGCGUGGCCGAGGGCGUGGACGCACGGUGCUGUUCGUGCUGCCCCGUCGUGGGCCGCCAGGAGCGGCCCGCGGACCACUACAUGCACCCCGUCGCGUUCGACCUCAAGGACAGGCCCGUGAUCUACAGCUGUCACAGCCUCGCGACCAACAGGAAGGUCCCGGACAACAAAGACCACAUCAUCCAGACCUUCGAGGAGACCGUCGCGCUGCUCCCCGAGGGCAGGGGCGCCUGGGUGUGGAUCCUCGACUUCAAGGGCUUUGGCCACCCGCGUGACCUCAACCCCGCGCUCGCCAAGGUCUUCCUCUCGCUCGCGGAGCGGCACUACCCCGAACGCCUCGCCCACUUCAUCCUCCUGGACGCGCCGACGGUGUUCUCGACGCUGUGGGCCGCGAUUCGGCCCCUGGUGGACCCGCACACGAAGAAGAAGAUCAACUUCUUCAAGACGAGCUCUAAGGAGCUGCACGCGCACCUGGCGACGCUGUUCGACGCGUCGACGAUCGAGUGGCUCGAGACGGAGGUCGCGCAGAACCGCAGCAAGAAGCUGACGGCGGAGAAGCUCGGUCGCUACCCCGGACUGGGCGCCGCCGCGCCGUGCUUGGUCGACGGGCACGACAUCCGCGGCGCGCCGAACUUCCUCGCGAAGGUCGAGGCGCUCGCGGGGACGCACCCGCGGCUACCGGGCGCGUGCGGCGCGCGCCCGGCGUCCCCGCCGACGGUCCACCACGACCGCGGCUCGGCCCUCGAGGACAGCGCGCCGACGCCGCGCGCCGGCUCCGACCCGAUGAAGUGGCCCGGGAAGGAGGACGCGAUCCGCGAGGAGGAGGAGCUCGCGGGCCGCGAGUCCUCCUUCGGCACCGCGCUGGAUCUCGAGGAUCUCCCUUCUGACGUCGCACGGAUAUUCGAGGACGCCGAGGAGGGGGUGGGGGCCGCGGAGGGGCUCGCGGAGGGGCUCGCGGGGGCCGCGAAGGCGGCGGGCGGCGCGGCGGCGCCCGCCGCGAAGCGGAGGGGGGGGUUCCGGAGGAUCUUUUGCAUGGCGUGA